CACGUGGACGAGGAACGUUGUCAUGGACGAGCUGUAACAACAACGGGAGUGAUGGAGUAUGAAGACGUACUGAUCAUCGCUGCAAAUCGAGACUGGUUCUGUGUCGAUACGAUGUAGGCUGCGUUGUUUCCAGCACCGAGGAACAAGUCCAUCAGUCACAUGCAGCUUUGAUACACCUAACACAGGAUAUCAUGGAUCAUGAUGAGCUGCCGACGGAGCUGGACCAGAUUUCCAUGCGGCUUCAGGAGGAUGGCUUGGCUCCGGCCGCCAGUGCGGAGGAGCGGCAGCGUCAUCUGUGGCAGCAGCUGCUCCGAGGUGAGACGCAGCUUCGGUCUGUCACACAAGAGCUGCAGACCUUACGGACCCAGCAGGCCAAUGAGAUGACGGAGGUGGAGAGCUAUGUUGCACAUAUUCGUGGUCUGCUGGAAGAGCGGGAGUGUCUGACUGCCGACUACGAAAGAGAAAAUGAACACUUGCGACACGAGCUUCACCAGACCAGACAGCAACAAGAGAGUCAGGCCAAAGAGCUGGCAGAGAUGCUGGCCCAGGAGGACCUAGUGGAGAUAGGCUUGAGCAGUCCCAGUGAGCAGGUUGCUUACCUGCUGGUGGAGAGGGCCACGCUGCUGGAAAGGUUGGAGGCGGCUGAGAGGAGACUGGAAAGUCAGAACCUCACUGGAAACUCAAUGGAGGGCCACCACCAGGGACAGCAACACAUUCACCACAUGAUGGGCGAUGAGCUGUGGCAGCGGAGGGAGCAUAUGCAGAAGAGCCUAGAUAACAUGACAAAGCAGUGCCCAUCCCAGAGUCCGUGGAAGAAGCUGUUCGGGCUGCGUAGGUCUGGUCAGAGCAAGCACAAUAUUACCCCUGCCCACAGCGAGGAGAUUUCACAAGAGCGGAAUGAGCGCCAGCGGCUGGAGCGGGACCUGGAGGAGGCGUCCAGGAGGCUGGGGAUGGCUCAUCAAGAUAUCCGUCGACUCACCAAUGAGCUGGAUGUGGCCAAAAACAGCCCAGACUCAAAUGAUUUGAUGAAGCUGCAGCAAGCGAAAGAGCAAUACGAGAGACUAGAUGUUGAGAACAGAGCUCUGAGGGAGAGAGUGCGCACCAAAGAAUCCGAGAAGAAAAAUCUCCUUCAGUUGACAAUAAAUGACGCAGACCAAGAAUUUGUUGCUGAGGAGGAUCGAAAAAGCAUCAGCAUCGAACCACACAACAAUCUGUCAGCCUCAUCAGCUCAGGAAAAGGAUCUCAUUCACAAACGGUGUCACGAGGCGAUGGAAGAUGGGCUCGUGCAGGUCAGAGAGCUGCAGCGGCAACUCCAGAGGCUACGCAAGCAACAGGAAGAGCUGGAGGAGAGGAACGAGGAGCUGGAGGCCCUGCUGGGGGAAGCUCAGAAUGCCAAAAAGGAGGAGAGUCAUCGCCAUGAGGGGGAACUGGAGGGGCUGCACAGGAGGAUCAGAAGCCUGGAGGCAGAGCUGAAGAAGCCAGACGCCCAUGAAAAAAUUAUGAGGAAUGGAGAAGAGGUCAAAAGCACUGAGUCCUACCUACAGCUGCACUUGAGGGACAGUAGCCAGGAGAGAUUGGCUCUGCUGGAGGCACGGCUGACCGAGGAGAAGGACUGGAGGAAACAGUUGGAGGUGGACCUCAGUGCUGCUCAGGCUGCCCUCAAGAAAGACAAAGGGGCUUUGCAGAUAGGUGAGCGAGAGCUGAAGAAGCUGAGACUGGAGGUCAACAGCCUUCAGACGGAAUGUCAACAAGGGAAAACGCUCAUCAAGAGUCUCACACAGGUCAAAGGGGAAAAAGCAGUUCUGGAAGAAAAGUUGUCCCAGAUGGAGCGCGCCCACAGUCGACUCCAGAGCGAGCUGGAGCACCAUAAGGACAAUAACCGGACCCAUGAGGACCUGAAGGAAAACAGGCUUCAGGUGGAGCAGCUGCAGGAGCAGGCUGACCGCCUGAGUGCUGAACUCCGCAGCCUCCAGACGGCACACAACACCCUGAGGGAUGAAAUGGUUUCUGAGCGGCAGCAGAGUGCAGAGCUCCAGGCCAAGCUGAGCUCCAGUGUCCAGGAGAAGCUGGCAGCUGUGGGGGAGAGAGAGAGACUGGAGCUCAAGACCGAGCGACUCAAUGAGCAGCUCAAGUGGCAUCAAGAGCAGCUCGCCUCCACAAAGGAAGCACUUAGUAGCAACCAGAAGCUGGAACUGCACACAGCUCAUACUGAAACUAGACUAAGUCCAAUGGAGAGGACCAAGGAUGAAAGCUUGGAUCAGCUUUCAUGUGUGAAACAGGAGCUGAAUCAUAUGCAGGACAAGCUGGGAGAGGAGCGGCAGCUGGCCCUGCAGCACCAACUGGCCCUGCAGGCUCAGGUCAAAGAAGCCCAGGCACGCAUCAAAUCCCAGGACUCGGUGCUGAACCAGAGGACAGAGGAGGCCAAACAGAUGAAGCAGGACCUGCAGAGGGCCAAGAGCCUGUUCACCUCAGCAGAGAGAGAGCUGCGCUAUGAGAAAGAGAGAAACAUGGACCUGAAGAGGCACAACACUCUGCUGGACCAGGAAAAACUCCAGCUUUGUGCAGAGCUGAAGCAGGUCCAGACCAAGCUGGUUCAGGUGGAGCAGACUCUCCACGCUCAGUCGGCUCAGAGCGAACGGCAACAGCAGAAAAUCAGGGAGCUUGAGCUGGAGCUGGCACGCAACUCCACGAAUCGCAGCGCCACCACCAGUCUGCAGGAGGAUCUGCAGGCUGAGAGGGCUCAGCUCAUUGCAGCUGACAAGAAGGUGUUGGAGCUGCAGCAGCAUCUUAAAGGUGCCCAGCACCAGCUGCGUGUGGAGGAGGCUCGGGCCGGCGAGAGCAGCCGCCUGGAGCGGGACAGCAGGGACCUGUCUGACACCUUGUCAGCCCUGAGAGCCAAGCAGCAUGAGGAGCACAUCACCAGGAAGCUGUUGGAGCAGCGUGAGGAGGAGCUGCAGCAGCAGGUUCGCUCCCUCAGGCUGAAGGAUGCCACUCUGACCAGGACCAACACGGAGCUCAGCCACCGUGCCCAGCAGCUGGACACCCGUUUGGCCAUCCUGGAGGCCGAGCUCAGCAAGGCCAGGGAGGAGGGGAGAGACAGCCAGAAGUCCAGGCACAGACUGCAGGAGGAGCUGGCGGCCAAUCAGCAGGAGUGUGACAGACUGCAGGGAGAGCUGCAGCAGAUUCUCCUCCAAUUUGACAUGCACGUCAGGAAGUACGACGAAAAGCAGAGUCAUCACAAGACCAAGCUGCGUCAGGCCAAACAGAUCUUUCUCAAGGCGACUGCACAGAGGGACUGCACCAUCCAGAGACUGGAGAACGACCUGGUGUUGGCCUCCAGCCUCUCGCACAAGGAGAAGGAAAGGAUCCACACAGUGAUGGAGGAGAAUGAGAAACUUUUAGAGGAGAAGAGGGAACUGCUUAGGAAGAUGAGUGACGCAGAAGAAAUGGGCAGCAAAGGCAUGAGGACCGCCUCGACCAUUCAACACAGGGUCAACGUCUUAGAAGUGGAAAACAGACAGCUACAGGAUCGGACCCUGAAGCUCUCCAAUCAAGUUAGUUCCCUAGAGCGUGCCUUGAGGAAUUCCCAGUCAUUCUACAGCCUGGAGAAUGCCAACAAAAUGCACCCCUCUGAAAGUCUCUGUGACAGCAUCCUACAUGCAUCUACGCUAAGUCUGAUGUCAGGAUCUUGCGACCCACUGGACAUCCUGGACAAAAUCUGCCGUGGGAAGGUGGGCGACCGUGCGGCGAUGGACAGCACUCGAGCUUCUGUCUCCUCACACCAGCUGUCGGAGCAGGGCUACCUGAAUCUCACCUCCCCUCUGGUUUCUCUGGAGGCCAAGGGCUCCGAGGAGAGCUCUAAUAACGGUGACAAGGUAUGAAAGCGCUCUGACUGCGGCUAUGUUUGCAGCAGGAACGUGUGCUGUGAUUCAAAGUGUUUUUUUAAAGCACUUCGUAUUCACCACCUCCGCUCAAAUUAAAAAUCAGAUUUGAAAAAGAGUGAAAAAAUAUGUUGAAUUGAUUAUAAUAAUCAAUAAUUUUCAAUAGAGUAAUAAAGAGUUCUGCUCAGGGUGAUAUCACUUUUGUAUUGCAACGAAGAUUCUAGUUUGACUUGCAAGUGCUGCAUUUUGAUCCAGGUAUGAAAAAUGUUUUGUAUCGAAAAAAGAUAAGCCAGUGUAAGUGUCAAUCAAAUGUUGGGUGACAUUGUUAAAAGGGAACAGGAUGAAAAGAGAUUUAAUUUGGAGGCUGACACAAUAUUGUUUGUAUGUGUUCACACGCCUGGAGAGCUGAGGCCUGUAGCCUGAAGCGAGUUCAACAUCCACCGGAUCUGUUUGUGUUAUCCAGACAUCAGACUGGAUAACCUGUACUAUGAGGCUGGUUAUCAACUUGACUCUGGGUUUUCUUAUCCAGCUAUGAGCUUGUUCAUGUGGAAGAGGUGGAGUCGUUGCUUACAGUAUAAGCCACUUAGUCAGAACCAUAAAGAAAGUUGAGUUUUUGAUUCUUUAUCUUGAACUUAACCUUAUUUACUGAUAACUCAGAGUUAAAUCUGACCUUAGCUCGAGAUCGUGCUGCUUUGUAGUACAGGCCCCAGGUCAGUUGUUAACAGCUGUAAAUCGUGGCAAAUCUGGAUUCUUUGAAAGCCUUGUGUUUUGUUUCAUGGGAAGGAUAUUGCUUUUUUUUUUACGUAAAGACACAGGUUAAGACACUGUACUCCACACUUGUGCAGUAAAUGUCAAACACACGCUUCACCUGUGGAUUUGAAUGAGUUUAAACUGAGCACUUUAUAAGAUGUUUGACUUGUUUACAUUUGAGAAAAUGUAGCAGUGAGAUUUCAGCGGUACAUAUAUCUCCCCCAGCUAAAUUGAAUCUGGGCAGUGUUUUCUAUGAAAAAAGCCCUGAGGUGUUGUAUGUUUAUGGUUUUACUGUGUCAAAAAAACCUUCACACAUUGAUAGAGUUGUGGACCCACUUUGUCUAACAUGACACUGUGUGGGUAACGGUCUUCCUCCUUUCUGAAGAGCGGGUCAGCUGCAGCCACUCCAAUAUUUACAUGCUGCAGCUUGGCUUGUGGUUUGAAAAAAAAAAAGAAGAGAAAACAUCCAAAAUGUGGGAAAAGCCACAGAAAUCCAGAAGUUAGUUUGGUCUAUUUUGAGCCUUCAGAGCUGUUUGUUUCUAUUACAACCUCAAGGGUUUCUUCCAGUGGGCACUCAAUCACAAAGUACUUGUACUUUAGCCACAAAGCAGAGAGGUGAGUUUUAUACAUGGCAUUAAUUACCACUUUUAAUAUGCUGUAUGUCAGUAAUGGUUUUAUACAGUGGAUGCUCUGUAGUCUUUUGUUUUCAAUGUGCCUGAAAUGAUGAAGUGUUCCACUUUGUCGUCCUGCUGCCUGCGUGAACAAGUGUAACAACAAAAGCCUAUUACGCGACAGACAUGUAAGCUGUGAUGUAGCUGUGUAAAUAUAUUUUUUUUCCACAAUUAUUUUCAUAAAUAAAAGCAAAUAAAUAAACAGA